AGCAAGGUUGUGGCAAUAGAAACUUCCUCAGGUUUACUUAUCGCAUACAUUCGGACGACAAAAAUUUAGGAGCUGCACGACCGAAAAUGGUUGUAGCAGCUAUCGUUAAUGCAUUUAAGGAGGAAUACAAAAAAAGUCCUGUUCGUGUAAAGGUGCUGGAUGCCUUCCUUGUUUACGCGCUGGCAACUGCUGGAGUGCAGUUUGCGUACAUGAUGCUAGUGGGGACCUUUCCCUUUAAUGCCUUCCUAGCAGGAUUUCUGUCAUGCAUCGGCUUUUUUGCCUUGACGGUUUGCCUGCGCAUGCAAGUGGACCCAGCUAAUAAGGACUUUGCGGGGAUAUCUCCGGAGCGGGCAUUUGCGGACUAUUGCCUUGCCAAUCUCGUGCUGCACCUGGUGGUGUGGAAUUACAUGGGCUAAGGCGGCUAGGGCGCACAGGCCGGCCGCGGUGCACGGCAGAAGGGUACCUUAAGAAGCUGCGCUAGGCGCCUGGGGGAGUUUCUGUGAUUGUUCAAAAACGGUUAACGUGGGAGUUGAUGCAGCAGGCACGUCGUUCUUUCUUCCGGAGUCCAACUAGCGUUCCUUUAGCCCAAUUCGGCUCGACCGCCGACAUUGUCUUCCGCAGAGUCAUGGUGUGCUGGUGUGUCGUUGAUUGCUUUGGGUGCUUCUUCCAGUUCUCCAGUUACGAAGCUCCAUAUCGACGCACGUGGACCGUUUCGGGUGGCAUAAACAGGGCAGCGGGCAGUGGCAGGGGCCUGCAGAACCAACGACCGUUUGGCGUGCCUACCUACAUUAUACCAUUUCAUAAAAUCUACGGCUGUACGUGCAUGUGCCUGCAUGUGGGAUGUAUGUCUUUGACCCCGCGUGCCGGUCGAAUGUGGAUAUGAAGGUUUCCACGGCGCCGUUGCCACUUGCUACAAAUGCCCUCCUCCGCAGCGGCAUAUGUUUACAGCAGAGGUUCUGCCAUGGUUCAUACGGACUGCAGGCUAAUGCGCUCUCAAUACUUGUUAGUGAGGAGCAC